UUCACUCUAUCAAAAUUCAAAAAUAGCAUUACGUACAACAAGAAGAAAUAGAUUAAAUACUUAAAAAAAAAAUCCAAUGAUUUGUAAAAGUUAUAACGAACGAUGAACCUGAAAAAUUAGCAAAAUCAUGCACAUGGCUGUGGCCUCAAAUCAGUUGCUGCAGCUGGUAGUUUUUGCGGUCUUUUUUGCAAAAGCAACAACUCAGCAACUAUCUCUCCCAAACUGCACAACAAAGUGUGGCUCUGUCACAAUUCCCUUUCCAUUUGGAACCACCAAGGAUUGUUCCUUGGACAACACUUUUCUCAUAAAUUGCACCAAAGCAUCUUCUUCUUCUUCUUCAACCUCAACCCAUAUACCUUUCCUGCCACAUACUAAUCAAACUGUCCUAAACAUCUCGCUUGAUGGUGAACUGCGUGUUGCAUGGCCAGUAGCCAGCGAUUGCUACGACGAAAAGAGCAUACAGGUGAACCAAUCAUUUUGGGGUAUCAGAAUGACACAUUUUCCCGUCUCAUCAACACGAAACAAGUUUGUUGCCGUUGGCUGUGACACGAUUGCAAUACUCGCAGCAUUUGAUUUUGGGGGAAACAACUACACCACGGGAUGUUUGGCUUUGUGCAACAGGUUUAAUGAUAUCGUGGCCAAUGAAUCUUGCUCCGGCACUGGUUGUUGUCAGAUUUCAAUACCGCAAGGUCAUUUGUUCGAGAAAGUGUCCUUUGUUACUGUAGGUGCAUUCAACAAUCACUCAGCAGUACAUGACUUCAAUCCUUGUGGUUAUGCUUUUUUUGUUGAAAAUGGAGCCUACACUUUCGAAUCCACGGACCUCCUCAAGUUGGAGAAGAAGGAAUUUCCUGUGUUGUUGGACUGGGCAGUAGGGAACCAAACGUGCCAGCAAGCUCAGAAGGAUCUUGCAAAUUAUGCCUGUAAGGACAACAAAAGUACAUGUUACAAUCCACCUGAGAAAUCUGGUUACCUUUGCAGAUGCCUUCAUGGAUAUAGGGGAAAUCCUUACCUCAUUCAUGGUUGCCAAGAUAUUAAUGAAUGUAUGGAGUCCAAUGACUGUGUUGAGGAAGCAACAUGCACCAAUCUUCCUGGAAGCUACCAGUGUUUAUGUCCGGCAGAAUAUGAGGGAAACGGGAAGAUGAAUGGAACAAAAUGCAGUCCAAAAUCCAAUACCAAAUCAAGAAAAGAGAUCAUAAUGAUCAUUGCAAUGAGUGUCAGCAUGAGCCUUGUAGCACUACUGGUUGGAAGCUUUUAUGCGUAUUUGGCAUUAAAGAAAAGAAAGCUCAUUAAACUGAAAGAACAAUUUUUUCAACAAAAUGGUGGCUUACUACUACAACAAGAAGUAGUGAGGCACGGAGGGUCAACUGAAACAACUAAAGUCUUCACUGUUGAGGAGCUAAAUGAAGCAACCAACAACUUCGACGAAGGCAAGAUUCUAGGCCAAGGAGGUCAGGGAACAGUUUACAAAGGAGUUUUACAAGAUAAAAGAAUUGUAGCUAUUAAGAAGUCCAAAAUCAGUGACCCUAACCAGAUUGAGCCGUUCAUCAAUGAAGUGAUUGUGCUUUCACAAAUCAACCAUAGAAAUGUGGUAAAGCUCUUGGGUUGUUGUUUAGAGACAGAAGUUCCUUUACUUGUUUACGAAUUCAUUCCCAAUGGUACUGUUUAUGAGCAUCUUCAUGAUCAAAAUCCAACUUUAAAGCUUACAUGGAAAACAAGAUUGAGAAUAGCAAAAGAAACUGCUGGAGUCCUAGCAUACUUGCAUUCUGCUGCAUCUACACCAAUCAUACAUAGAGAUGUGAAAUCUUCAAACAUACUCCUAGAUCGCAAUCUCACGGCAAAGGUUUCUGACUUUGGAGCUUCUAGGAUUGUUCCUCUUGACCAUAGUCAGAUAAAAACCCUAGUACAAGGGACAUGGGGGUACCUUGACCCGGAAUAUUUCCACACAAGCCAAUUGACAGAGAAGAGUGACGUCUAUAGCUUUGGAGUUGUACUAGCAGAGCUACUGGCAGGAAAGAAGGCACUAUCUUUUAGCAGGCCAGAGUUGGAUAGAAACCUUGCAUUGUACUUUGUUUCUUCAAUGAAAGAUGGUCAGUUACUUCAUAUUUUGGACAAAAAUAUUGACGAGGCGAACAUUGAGCAACUAAAGGAGGUUGCCCUUAUUGCAGAAAGGUGUUUACGGGUGAAGGGUGAGGAAAGACCCACCAUGAAAGAAGUGGCAGCGGAACUGGAGGGAAUAUUAGUUAUUGAAGAGCACCGUUGGGGAAGUGGAAAUCAGUCUUCAGAAGAAACUGAUACAUUGCUCAGAACAACAUCACCUAUCAUUGUUACAGAUGGUGGCAAUAAUUAUUCUUCUGAAUCAUACAGCAUAAACCAGAUUACAAUGUCAUUUGUUGGUGGAAGAUGAUUAGUUGAAUUUUUCACAAUAAUUCCACCUUUAAAAGCAUAUAUAUAGGUUCAAUUUUUGUUUCUCUUUAUAACUAUUUGUUAUCUUCAGCACUCACAUUCAAACAAAAACUAAUACUUGUUUCCAGAAGAGAGAAAAAAA